AUGUCGUCUUCUCUCAAAGGACAAAAUGCCCUGGAGUCCAGCGGCAACAGCGAUACAUCCGAAGUCCCAAUCCGCCGGCCGACUUCCAAAUUCACAAGAAUAUACCGAGGUCCUUGGUUCAGUGUUAUCGUUGUUGGAUUGAUAUCUUUCACGCAGCCUGGAAUAUGGAACGCUCUCAAUAACACCGGAGCUGGAGGCCAACAAGAGCCAUACCUCGUAAACGGAGCGAACGCGAUCACGUUUGGAAUUAUGGUCUUCGGUACUGUGAUCUUCGGGGCUCUGGCAAACAUAUACGGCCUCAAGCCUAUCCUCAUCAUUGGGACGUUGGGCUACGCGCCAUACUCUGCUUCACUUUAUGUGAACAAUCGCUAUGGCAAUCAGUGGUUUGUAUGGCUAGGCGCUGCCACGUGCGGCGUUGGCGCAUCGGCCUUAUGGGCCACUGAGGGCGCGGUGGCGCUUGGAUACCCUCAUCCAGAGGACAGAGGCAAAGGAACGGGAAUAUGGCUAGGCCUCCGCGAGUUGGGCCAGCUCAUCGGCUCCUCCAUUCAACUCUCCAUGAACGUGAAGCAAAACAAACGCGGGAAAGUAGGCUACACGACCUACCUCGUACUCAUCUCCCUCCAAUGUCUCGGCCUCCCACUCGCACUCCUGAUUUCUCCUCCACACAAAAUCAUCCGCUCUGACGGGACUGGAAUACCCGAUCCCACCAAAACGAAGAACUUCCUCGGCGAGAUCCGCAAAAUUGGCGUCCUUUUCAGGACCAAGAGGAUACUUCUCCUCAUCCCUAUCUGCAUCGUCGGCAUUUGGAAUGGAACGUAUCAAGGAAUUUACCUCACAAAAUACUUCUCCGUCCGUUCGAGGGCACUUGGCGCCCUUACUUCCGGUGUUGCGGCGACCGCUGCAAACGUCUUCUGGGGUUGGUUCUUCGACCUAAGAUACUUCAAGCGUCCUACCCUCGCAAAAAUAGUCUGGGGUUUCUUCGUCGUGAUCCUACUUGCCCUCUUCGGAUGGCAAGUCUCCAACGAACACCUCUAUGAAAACUCACCCACGAAAGUGACGCUAGAUUGGGCUCUUCCAGGCUUCGGUCGCGGUUUCGCGGUCAACGUGCUCUUCCGAUUCAUGAACGAAUCCCACUACAUGUUCGUAUACUGGCUCAUCGGUAGCUUCGAUCAAGAUGUCAAGACGCUCACGCUGACGGUGAGUAUUCUGCGCUCUAUCGAGUCUGUGGGUUCGUGUCUAGCAAACGGCGUUGGUGCGUUGAAGAUCAAGCCGAUGACGAAUCUGAUUGUGGCAUUUGUGUUGUUUGUGGCGGCUAUCCCGACGACUACGUGGGUAACGUUUUUGGUGCCGGAGAGGCCGACGUUGGAUAAAGAUAUUGAAGAAGAGAGGGACGAGACAUGGGUGAAUGGGCCGACGGUAGUUGUGCCAAAGGAUUUAGAACUUACACUUUGA